UAGAACCAUCACGAUGCCUUGUUGGAGGAGCCCACACAGGACAGGACUCCUGGGUCCCCUUGGUGGAUCUGCUCCUUGGAGAAGGCUGUUGGUUCUUGGUUCCAUACUUUAAUUUCAGAGUUAAUAGAAGGAGGUGGCAUCUCUUGCCUGCAGAUACGUAUUGAGGAAAUUCUACAGGUGCUAUAAUGUGGCACUGCAAACAGUUGGGGAUUGCCAAUGUUGAGCUCAUGCCCUUAUGUCCCUAGGAUAUUCAUCCUUUUGUAAGCUCAAGCUGUGGAAGAUGGAGGAAGCCAACAACAGCUCUGGAAAUGGCUUUCUACUUCUGGGGUUUUCAGAUCAGCCCCAGCUGGAAAGGUGCCUUUUCAUCAUCAUUUUGCACUUUUACAUCUUUAAUAUUCUGGGGAACACAGCCAUCAUAUUGGUGUCUUGUGUGGAUGCCAAACUCCACACACCAAUGUACUUCUUCCUCAGCAACCUCUCCUGUGUGGACAUCUGUUUCACCACAAGUGUUGCCCCACAGCUGCUGGUUACUAUGAGUAAGAAAGACAAGAGCAUGAGCUAUGGAGGAUGUGUGGCUCAGCUCUAUGUGGCUAUGGGGUUGGGUUCCUCUGAGUGCAUUCUCCUGGCGGUCAUGGCUUACGACCGCUAUGUUGCAGUCUGCCGGCCACUGCACUACGCCACCAUCAUGCACCCCAAGCUCUGCGUUGCCUUGGCCAGCACAGCAUGGCUCAGUGGACUGGUCACCUCUCUCAUUCAGUGCUCCCUCACUGUGCAGCUGCCCCUCUGUGGUCAUCGGAAACUGGACCACAUUUUCUGUGAGGUGCCAGUGCUCAUCAAACUGGCCUGUGUGGACACAACUUUCAAUGAGGGAGAACUCUUUGUGGCCAGUGUAGUGUUUCUGAUUGUCCCUGUGUCACUCAUCUUAGUCUCCUAUGGCUUCAUAACCCAGGCUGUUCUGAGGAUCAAAUCAGCUGCAGGGCGCAAAAAGGCCUUUGGGACCUGCUCCUCUCACCUGAUUGUUGUCAUCAUUUUCUAUGGGACCAUCAUUUUCAUGUACCUGCAACCAGCCAAAAGCAGCUCCAAAAACCAGGGAAAGUUUGUUUCUCUUUUCUACACCAUAGUCACUCCACUUCUGAAUCCUAUUAUCUAUACUCUGAGAAACAAAGAUGUGAAAGGAGCCUUGAGGGCAAUGGUAAUAGGACAUGCUUUGGGGUCAGAAAGGUUAUGAGCUGGAUAUCUGGCACUAGAUGGUUUGUACUAAGUACUCCUCUGUUCAGAGCCACAGGUUAGUACAAAAUCUGCAGUUCUGCAAGAAGCUGAGGUACUCAAGGGACAAAAAUUCUAUGCUCUCUACUGAAAACACUCAGCUCUUUCUCAGCUAUGCCAUCAAAUUUCAUAUACCCAUUUUUUCUACCUAGUUUGGCGAUCCAUCGGUAAAUUUCUGUUUAUUCAUAAAGGCUCAGCUGAAAUGUUAUCUACAGUUUCCCACUUUUGUGAAACACCAUUCUUCUCACUCUCUGGGAAAAACUGUUUCCUAAUAUAUUUUGUAUAGCAUGUGAUACAUACUGCAGUUUCCAUAUGUUCACACAUGUUAAUAUGUAUAUAUUUGCCUAUAUAUACAAAUAGACUAAGCAAUAUGUACAUAUAAUAGAUAGGAAGUAAUAUAUAACCAUUUUCCCAUUAAUAAGGGGUACUAUAAAAAACUCAUGGAAAAAGGCAAUUAGAAGCCAAGCUUAUUUGGUGCAAAAAAUAUUUAGAAAUCCAUGCACUUUUUCAUAAUACACACUUUUCAUGAACUUUUCAAGACCCCUCGGAUGACAUUUGAAACUGACACAUGCCCCACUGCACUGGCUCAUUUACAGCAGGAAAAACAAGUGUACUUAAGAGUCAUAUUGGCACCUUGAUUCCACAGAAUUGUGGGAUGCAUAUAAUGAUUAUUAUUUUAUUAAAGGAAUCAAAUAGGCAAGUUUGCAUUAAACAAUUCAUGGACUUUUUAGAUUUAUUCUAAUUUUUUCUGAAGUGUUUUAGCACUUUGUAGAUAAAAAGUCUACCAAAAAGUAAUUUCUCUGGUCCUAAGAAAGGAGAAAGUGUUUCUUAAGAAGACAGUAUUACUUAUACAGUUUCAUGCUUUAAAAUAUGAAAUGUGAGAUCCCACACAAGUUCACAUUUGUGCUUACAGUCAAAUAUUUGGCUCCUAAAAUUUAAAAAAUGGGAUAUUCAGAUACAAAUUAAUAAGAACUGUAUUCUUAUAUAUGGCUACCCUCUUAAUUCCACAAUACCUGAUGCUCCCCCCAACCAUCUUCAUCUCCUUUAUUC